AUGCCGCCAGCAAUUGAAAGAACUAUUUAUACUGAAGAAGAACUCUUAUCGAACGAUGAGAUACUGAAUGAACCACCACCUCCUUAUUCAGAAUACCCGCUUGUAACUAACAGUGUAGUUCAAAAUAGACAUCAAGCUGUUAAUUCUUCAAAUAAUUAUGGCCAGCAAAUUUUUACAGUUGAGUUUAUCCUCAGAGAUAGUUUGGAUGCAGAUGAAGGUUAG